AUGCCCCCCCCACACCUCCACCCCCGCUCGCGCAUGACCUCCUCCCUCUUCGCCACCACAGUCCUCGCCAGCUUUCUCGUCGUCGCCCUGCCACAUAUCCUGCCUUGUCCCGCACCACGUCGAGCCUACGCCGAUGGUGGUGACGGCGCCAUUCCUGGACAGACGGGGGCCGACGGGGGGUCGGAUGGGGUGAGGGUUAGGAGGGGGAGGAGGAGGAGGGAGGGGAUUGCUAGUGCUGAUGGGGAAGUUGGUGCUGGGGUAGGUGGUGCUGCGGCGUCGGAAGGGAUGGGGGUGGUGGAAUUCAGGCCUGGGAUGGGGAAAGUGGGUGAGGAGGAGGGGGUUGUGAAGAGGAGGAGGGAGGGGCAAAAGAGGGAAUGUCCUGUGCCAAAACCGGGGGGGAUACUGGGGGAGUGGUUGGGGUUUCAUGGGGUAGCGGGAGAGGGAGAGGUGAAGAAGGGGAGGCCGGAUAGGUGA